AUUUAUUUCCAUUUUUUAAAUAUUCCAGACGUCGUUGAAAACGUUUGCUUAUUUCUUAUGCUCUUGCCAAAAGGAAUCAAACAUCUGCAUUCGAGUGAGAAAAUGAGGAUGAAGUUCCGAAGGAAAUUUCAUCAGAACGCUGCGUGGCUGAGUGCGUUAGCUGCGAUCAUUUUCAUCAUCUUCGCCGUUUUUGGGAAAGAAGCGAUCCUUAGCUUUGUGAAAUCGAAAAGUGGAUCUAUUCUUGGUGACAUCCGGAAAAAAUCCGAUUCACUGCAAGCUCAAUCCGCGGAUUGGGUUUUUUCGCGAAUCAACAAUGAUCCGGAAGUUGCUUGCCAGCAAUACGAUUUGCCAACAUUUGCCCCGCACAUGAUGAAGUUCAUCAAAGCCAAUGGACCCCUCAAGUGUUGGGAUAACGGGACAGCUUUCGUCAAAGGUCACACGAUUUACGUGAAAAAUGACAGUUUAUCAACGAUUCGAUGCAAUUUCACAGAAAUCUAUCGGGAAGAUGAUAAAACGCAUGAUUACUUCGCCACGAAAUGGCAUGACGGGCCGUUCGAGCUGCAAUUAAGUGACGGAAUCCGGGUACAAUGCACCGACUUCAACUCAGGAAAAACUUGGAACGAAGUUCAUGCUGGUGCACGGCGUCUGCCAACGUUGGAAGAUACCACAGGUUGGCAUAGGGUUCCUUCGACAGUCGCAGGUCCGAUCAACGUCCUGAUUUGGGCGUUUGAUUCAACGUCGAAGAACAAUUUUUUGAGAAAGCUGCCGAAAUCGUGGAGUUACAUGAGAGAUCAGAUGCAAGAUUCAGUUCUGAUGGACGGAUACAACGUUUUGGGAGAGAGCACGUUCUCAGCACUGUGUCCAAUCGUCACUGGUGAGCGAACUUUCUCGGGUCCAAAUAAGGCGUACGUGUCAGAUUUGAUUGGAGAGACGCUUUUCAGUCACUUCCGAAAGAGAGGCUAUGUGACUGCAUUUGUUGAGGAUGAACAAAACUGGGGAACAUUUCAGCAUUGGGGAGAGGGAUUCAGAUCCGAGAUUGCUGAUCAUUACACCAGGGCAUACAUGUUGGAGCGGGCAAAAUACAUUGGACAUAAUUCGCAGUGUUGCUACAGUAAAUCCUGCAAUGGAAUGACCCAAACGUAUGUUCAAGAAUUUUGGGAAACAUACUCAGAAAAGCCAAAACUGAGCUUUACCUUGCAAGGAACUUAUUCACACGAUGAUCUGAACAAACUGGACAUGAUCGACGAUGAGCUCCUGGAGUACUUAAUCUGGUUGAACUCGCCAAAGAUGAGAAAUGAGACUAUGAUUGUGAUUAUGGCUGAUCAUGGACCUCGAGGACACGCAUUGACCAUGACUCGCCAAGGUACCAUAGAACUUCGCCGACCUAUGAUGAAUAUCAUGAUGCCUCCUUGGUUCAAAACUAAAUUUCCAAAGGCCUGGGAAAAUCUGUUGGUCAAUUCAAAACGGCUUGUGACUACCCUGGAUCUUCACUACACUAUCAAAAGUCUUCUUAGCUUGCAGAUCAUGGACCUUGAUACAGUUCCGGUUUUACAAAACCUACCACCCGGUCUGACGAUGUUCGCCCCAAUGCCUAAAGGUAGAACCUGCGCAAUGGCUCAGGUUCAAAGCCAUUAUUGUGCCUGCAAAAACGUGAAGGAAGUCAGUACAGCUCCCGGUAGCAAACACAGCGACAUCUUGCAUAAACUAGCGAAAGAUGUGAUAGUCGAGUUGAAUAAGCGUGUUCAGUCGUGGCUCUUGUGGUGCGUUAAGGAGAUGCCGGCCUACUCGAGAUUCGUGAAGGCCAUGGAAACGAAGGUGGACAACAAAACGGGUCUAUUGCCCAACGCAGACUCCUAUCAUCCAUUCUGCAGGGAAUGGAGUCUGGAGAAGAUCGAACGAGCCCAUCUCAUCGUGGCUAGCAAAGGAAACCAGACAAAGUUGGACGAUGACGAAUUGGAAGAAUCUGUAUCAUUACAGUACGAACUUACUAUUGUGGCUAGACCUGGACCAGGUCACUUCCUGGCGACAGUUUGGCACAACGGACAGUGGUUGUUCUCGUGGCAGCUGCACUCACUCGGCGGGAGAACUUAUAAAAAGGUUUACUACUUUUCGAGGAUGGAUUGGUUUUCGCCUCAUGCGAAGUGCAUUGAGAGAAUUGAAGUCACGAAAUGGCCUAUCGAGCAUUUUGUUAACAAAUUCUUCAACAGCGCCUUUUACACUGAGGCUCAGUUGCUGCUGUGGAUCAUGAUGCUGUUUUUUAUGGGAAUAUUCUCCUUGUUUCCGUUGGCUUUGGCGGAGUUGCCGAGAAAUAUGUCUUGCUAUCAGUGUCGGGUCCAGCGUCACGAGGACUGCACUGACCCCAGGUUCCUGCGACCUUGUCCCGUGGGUACCGGAGCCUAUGACCGCUGCAUGACAACCGUGACGAAGGAAGGUCUGUUAUUACGCGGUAUCAGUGUCGGGUCCAGCGUCACGAGGACUGCACUGACCCCAGGUUCCUGCGACCUUGUCCCGUGGGUACCGGAGCCUAUGACCGCUGCA